AUGAAUGUAUUAGAGCCCCAAGGGGACGCGGCCGGGUUCACAUCAACGAGCAGGUCACACACGUCACGGAACUUUAAUGGCGGUCACGUCGGCAUCUCGAAUAUACAAACAUACCGAAUCACGGAAGAGCUAGGAAUGGCCUGGCAAGUGCUCGGAUACACAGAUAAUGCCAUUUUGCCUAUUGCAACCUUGCAAUGGAAACAGACGUUACUACCCACUAGAGGACACGAUGAGAAUGUUCCACGGAGAGGAACUGGAACCAAUAGAGACAAUCGACCCAUGCCCCCCGGAACCAUGGCAGAAGCCACAGCACUCAAAGGCAUCCACCUCGACUCCGACAGGGCCAGAGCCAUUGAGAGAGCUAUCCUCAUAGACAGAUAUAUUAAUAUAUAUAUACACUUGUAUGCCAGUUUGAGGUUUCAACUCCAAGGGCGGCUGGGACAGUCUGUGACUAAACCAACCAACCAACCAAUCAAUCAAUCAAUCAAUCAACGUAACAGCCGGCAUAGGUUGGAAAGUGUAGUCCUACCACAGAAGUAG